AUGCUUCUCUUGGUGCUGUGGUUUGGGCAUGGGAAAAGUCGAUGUGAUCGAGACAAAGGUGGCCACAAGGAGAGGUCCAGCAGCAACUUGGUGGAGGAGGAAGAAAGACGGAACGUUGUUGGAAAUGUGGAAGAGGGCAAUGUCGAUGACAAGCAGGAGAUGGCAAAUGGAGAACAAGACGAUGGUAACAAUGUGCAAAGGAAGCUUGGAAGCCUUUUAGAGGAGCGCAUAGAGGAGUUUCCUGUUCUGGAUCUAGACAAAGGAUUCUCCAUGAUCGCGGACCUGGUGGACAAACUCAUCCAUGUCUUUGGAGAAGGCUUGUCCAACAGUUUCUACCCGGUGCCACAACCAGCCAUGGGCAUUGGCAGCGCCUUUGAAGGCUGCGGUCCCCAUGCACAAGAUGUUGUGCACCGUUUGCUUGUUCCCCUGAGUCCCCCUCCAGGACAUGCUUUCCACCUGGAGCUGGACACUGCAGGAGGGGUCCAGAGGAACUUCUGUGUCCGUGUGGAGCGGGUGUGCACCUGCAGGAGGGAGAGGCUGGAGGAGGACAUGCUGUGUUUCCUCCACCACCCCGAGGAGGAGCUGAGAAGGAAACAGGACCCCAGCCUCCUGCACACCCUGUGCACCGGCUGCUGUCUAGAUGUGGAGAAAACUGUCCACUGGUUCUAUGGAUUUGUGAGAGUCGCCUGGCUGCUGUUGCCUGAAUCGUGCCACUGGCGUUUAAGGUUGCAGCCCUCCAGCCGCUCCUGCAAAUUUCAGCUGAGCAAAGACAAGGAAAGCUUCACGGUUGAGAUGUUCUUUGCCGUGCGGCAAGGAGACUCAGAUGUCUUUGUGAGCAGCCAGCCUACAGAAGUAGGCAUCCCAAGCACAAUGUGGCUGGAGACUUAUGCCGUGGCAGAGGCAAAAUUCUUCAGGCACAUUUCCAGACAGGUUCCCAGGCUGCAGCUCCUCACGGGCUUCCUGAUGGGUGUGGGUUUCUCCAGCUGUGUCCUGAUGACAGUGGUGACACACCUCCUGAGCACUGUACCCCUGACAGGGUGGGGCAGGAGUGAUUUUGGGCAGCGAGUGAUGGCUAUCCUGAAGUCCCUCCGCUGCUCACUGGAGAUAAAACAGCUUCACCACUUUGUCAUCGGCAAUGCGAGCUUUCCUACGGAGAUCAGCUUGCCCUCCGGCUUCCAGGUGGCUGUAGCACCCAACGCCCUUGAGCACCUGGCCAGAAGUCCAGAUACACAAAAGAAGGCCAUGCAGGACUACAAUUGCCCGCUGCAUCGGUUUGAACAUCUGCAGAUCCACAGCCAGUGA